CUCCGUCAAUCAUUUAACCCGGACGUGAAGCCGCUCCAUUGAAAAAUAUCAGAGACUGUGAAAGAGGCUACUUUCAAAAAAAGAUGCCGUCGAUCUGAUUUUGCACAUUUUAAUCAGCCCAAAUAUUUUAGAAGAGCCCUAAUUUCAUCUGCUGACCAGUACUGACGAUUCUCCGUUCUCCGUUGAUCUGUUGAGAUCCUUUUCUGGACCUGACAGAGCAUUUUACUGUAAAUUUAAAACCCAUAUACCCACGCGACAUAGUCAGCAAGGCUGAGAACUUCUCUGACGUAGAGAGAGAGUGUGCACGACUGCCACAUGACAGCCAUGUCUGCCUGAUCACUAAUAGGUUGUAAUACUUCUGAAUUGGAUGGCUCACUGAACAUCUCCUCAACAAUUUGUCAGCAUUCCCUCCAUGUUCUCUGGGUUACGCUGAACACGAGUGUGUGCCCGGAUCCUGGCGGCGGCUGUAAAAUAUACAUGUGUGUGCAUGUAUUUGCCUUUGACUGAGUAAUCUUGUGUGUGCAUUUGUUGGGGUCGUCCUGCGGCGGCUGGCGUAGUGCACCUUCCCCAACCCCACCCCAACGCUCAAAACUGGCGAUGUCCAGGGUGCCGAGUCCGCCCCCUCCUGCAGAAAUGACCAGCGGCCCUGUGGCCGAAAGCUGGUGUUACACACAGAUCAAAGUGGUUAAGUUCUCCUAUAUGUGGACCAUCAACAACUUCAGCUUCUGUCGGGAGGAGAUGGGUGAGGUCAUCAAAAGCUCCACCUUCUCCUCGGGGGCCAAUGACAAGCUCAAAUGGUGUUUGCGAGUGAAUCCUAAAGGUCUGGAUGAAGAGAGUAAAGAUUAUCUGUCACUCUAUCUGCUCCUGGUCAGCUGUCCUAAGAGUGAAGUUCGUGCCAAGUUCAAGUUCUCCAUUCUUAAUGCCAAGGGAGAGGAAACCAAAGCCAUGGAGAGUCAACGGGCAUAUCGGUUCGUACAGGGAAAAGACUGGGGCUUCAAGAAGUUCAUAAGGCGGGACUUCCUCCUUGAUGAGGCCAAUGGGCUCUUACCUGAUGACAAAUUGACGCUUUUCUGUGAGGUGAGUGUGGUGCAGGACUCUGUGAAUAUCUCUGGGCAGAACACCAUGAACAUGGUGAAGGUUCCGGACUGCCGGCUGGCCGAUGAACUGGGCGGAUUGUGGGAACAUUCCAGAUUCACAGACUGCUCGCUGUGUGUCGCUGGGCAGGAGUUCCAGGCACACAAAGCCAUUCUAGCAGCACGUUCCCCAGUUUUCAGCGCUAUGUUCGAACAUGAGAUGGAGGAGAGUAAAAAGAACCGAGUGGAGAUCAAUGAUGUGGAGGCUGAGGUCUUUAAAGAGAUGAUGUUCUUCAUCUACACUGGAAAAGCACCCAACCUGGACAAGAUGGCCGACGACCUGCUCGCUGCUGCUGACAAGUAUGCUUUAGAGCGACUGAAAGUGAUGUGUGAGGACGCUCUUUGCACCAGUCUGUCCGUGGAAAAUGCAGCGGAGAUUCUGAUCUUGGCCGACCUGCACAGCGCUGACCAGCUCAAGACACAGGCCGUCGACUUCAUCAACUACCAUGCGUCAGAUGUGAUGGAGACCUCAGGCUGGAAGUCCAUGGUGGCAUCUCAUCCCCACCUGGUUGCUGAGGCUUACCGCUCCUUGGCCUCUGCCCAGUGCCCUUUCCUGGGUCCUCCUCGCAAACGCCUUAAACAGUCUUAGUGCCGUCCCUUACCGUAACCCAACCCCCACAUCUACACACACUCACACAACUGCCUAAAAGGGGGUGCUAUUUUAGAUUUACAUCUCCCAAGCUUUGUCCCUUUAGAUGCCUAAAACCAGCUCUUGAUCUGCCCCUCCCUUCCACGUUAUCCAAACAGACCCCUCCAGUGCGCCAAGGACCCUCUUGUUGCAGGGUUUCCUUACUAUCGGGAAAUGUGGAGACUGCAGCAGGGUAAACACUCUACAAAACUUGACCAACCUCUGCACCAACCCAGCUGUCUGUCCAGAAGAGAAAUGCAUUUGUUUCCGUGGGACUGUGUUGGGUUCAUGAGCAUGGGCAGAUUAAUCAUAUUUGAGAACCAUAUAGGACUGAAGCGUUUGGUUGGGCAGGUAAACUUGAGUUUGUGGACUUUUUUACACAACCCCUUUUACUGGCACCACCGUGUGCUGUCCUACACUGUUUGAACCGGUUCUUCAUCUCCACUUCAUCCCUUCUUCAAAAACGGUCAGUCGAUAGACAUUCCCCUUAACAGUUAUGGAUUGGGGGAUUUUUAUGGAGAGUUCUGUUGAAAGGAAUAGAGAACAAACUCCAUUAUCGUCACAAAAUAACUUUUUAAUAGGUAGCAUGUGUCCUCAUAAUGAUGACAUUAGCAUUGAGUAGAUUCCUUUGGGACUUUAUGACUCCCGUAUGAUGACAAACAGCUUUUUCCAGAACUGUCCUCUGUUUCUUGAGAAAGCCGAACAUAAAACUUGCCACCUUAAUGAACUUUGACUUUGACCAAGAGCUAUCCUGGCUUCUUAAUCAAUGUUUUGGUCUCCUAUUACAGGACAAAUGAAUGGACAGAUCCAGCAAGUUUACAAAUGGGGAAAUGCUCAUGGAAAUUUUUUAUUUUUUAUUUUCCUUGUGAUGUUUAUUUGAGAUUUUUUCCCUCCUUGUAGCACUUGUGUAUUUGAAUCCAGGCUUUCUAUAUGAAAAAAAAUGCAAAAAACAAACUUGUGUGUGUUUGAGU